AUGGCAGGUAUUGAUAUAGAUGCAAGUUAUGAUACUAUAAAUAAUAGUAAUAAUAACAAUAACAACAAUAACAAUAAUAAUAAUAACAAUAACAAUAACAAUAAUAAUGAUAAAAACAAUGGAAUUACAAUUGAUUCAACUAUAGAUUUUGGUUCAAAUGUUAGAAAAAGUAACAUUGGUAAUGUUGGAACAUUUUCAAUUAUUUCACCAGAAGAUGUAGUGGCCCAUGACAUAUUUUAUUGUCAAUGUACUCUUAUUUUAGGGUUCCUUUUCAUAUUUCCAUGGUUUUUCUCAAGCUUUUACAUGUUCAAUACACAAAGUGGUUCAUUAAAGAAAAUGGGUUUUGCUUCCAUUUGUUUAAUUAAUAUCUAUCUAUUAUUAUUUGUUUUAAUUUAUUAUAUUUAUAAAAUAUAUAAAUUUUAA